AUGACUUCGGCAACUUCACCUAUCAUUUUAAAAUGGGACCCCAAAAGUUUGGAAAUCCGGACACUAACAGUGGAGAGACUUUUGGAGCCACUUGUUACACAGGUGACGACCCUUGUCAACACAAGCAAUAAAGGCCCCUCUGGUAAAAAGAAAGGGAGGUCAAAGAAAGCCCAUGUACUGGCUGCAUCUGUAGAGCAAGCCACUCAGAACUUCCUGGAGAAGGGUGAACAGAUCGCUAAGGAGAGUCAAGACCUCAAAGAAGAAUUGGUUGCUGCUGUGGAGGAUGUGCGUAAACAAGGUGAGACGAUGCGCAUCGCCUCUUCAGAGUUUGCUGAUGACCCAUGCUCAUCCGUGAAGCGUGGCACCAUGGUGCGGGCGGCAAGGGCUUUGCUAUCAGCUGUAACGCGCUUACUCAUCCUUGCGGACAUGGCGGAUGUCAUGAGACUUUUAUCUCAUCUGAAAAUUGUGGAGGAGGCCCUGGAAGCUGUCAAAAAUGCUACAAAUGAACAAGACCUUGCAAAUCGCUUUAAAGAAUUUGGGAAAGAAAUGGUGAAACUUAAUUAUGUAGCUGCAAGAAGACAACAGGAGCUGAAGGACCCUCACUGUCGGGAUGAGAUGGCAGCCGCCCGAGGGGCUCUGAAGAAGAAUGCCACAAUGCUGUACACGGCCUCCCAAGCAUUUCUCCGCCACCCCGAUGUUGCCGCCACAAGAGCCAACCGAGACUAUGUGUUCAAACAAGUCCAGGAGGCCAUUGCUGGCAUCUCCAAUGCUGCUCAAGCUACCUCGCCCACUGAUGAAGCCAAAGGCCACACGGGCAUCGGCGAGCUGGCUGCGGCUCUGAAUGAAUUUGAUAAUAAGAUAAUCCUGGACCCCAUGACGUUCAGCGAGGCCAGGUUCCGGCCGUCCCUCGAGGAGAGGCUGGAGAGCAUCAUCAGCGGCGCGGCGCUCAUGGCCGACUCGUCCUGCACCCGCGACGACCGGCGCGAGAGGAUCGUGGCCGAGUGCAACGCCGUGCGGCAGGCGCUCCAGGACCUGCUCAGCGAGUACAUGAAUAACACUGGAAGGAAAGAAAAAGGAGAUCCUCUAAACAUUGCAAUUGAUAAGAUGACCAAGAAAACAAGAGAUCUAAGGAGACAGCUUCGAAAAGCAGUGAUGGAUCACAUAUCUGAUUCUUUCUUGGAAACCAACGUCCCUUUGCUAGUUCUCAUUGAGGCUGCAAAGAGUGGGAAUGAAAAGGAAGUAAAGGAAUAUGCCCAGGUUUUCCGUGAACACGCCAACAAGCUGGUGGAGGUUGCCAACUUGGCCUGUUCCAUCUCCAACAAUGAGGAAGGGGUAAAAUUAGUCCGGAUGGCAGCCACCCAGAUUGACAGCCUGUGCCCCCAGGUCAUCAAUGCCGCUCUCACGCUGGCUGCUCGACCACAGAGCAAAGUUGCUCAGGACAACAUGGACGUCUUCAAAGACCAGUGGGAGAAGCAGGUCCGAGUGCUGACAGAGGCUGUGGAUGACAUCACCUCAGUGGAUGACUUCCUGUCUGUCUCAGAAAAUCAUAUAUUGGAGGAUGUGAACAAGUGUGUGAUAGCCCUCCAAGAGGGAGAUGUGGACACCCUGGACCGGACUGCGGGGGCCAUCAGAGGCCGGGCGGCUCGAGUCAUACACAUCAUCAAUGCUGAAAUGGAAAACUAUGAAGCUGGUGUUUACACUGAGAAGGUGCUGGAAGCUACAAAAUUGCUCUCUGAGACAGUGAUGCCACGCUUUGCUGAACAAGUAGAGGUUGCCAUUGAAGCCCUGAGUGCCAACGUCCCUCAACCAUUUGAGGAGAAUGAGUUCAUCGAUGCCUCUCGCCUGGUGUAUGACGGUGUUCGGGACAUCAGAAAGGCUGUUCUGAUGAUCAGGACCCCAGAAGAACUAGAGGACGAUUCUGACUUUGAGCAGGAAGAUUAUGACGUGCGCAGCCGGACAAGUGUUCAAACUGAGGAUGACCAGCUUAUCGCAGGGCAGAGCGCACGGGCCAUCAUGGCACAACUACCACAGGAGGAGAAGGCAAAAAUAGCUGAGCAGGUGGAGAUAUUCCACCAAGAGAAAAGCAAGCUGGAUGCUGAAGUGGCUAAAUGGGACGACAGCGGCAAUGAUAUAAUUGUGCUGGCCAAGCAGAUGUGUAUGAUCAUGAUGGAAAUGACAGACUUCACAAGAGGCAAAGGCCCAUUGAAAAAUACUUCUGAUGUCAUUAAUGCCGCCAAGAAAAUUGCCGAAGCUGGUUCUCGAAUGGACAAAUUAGCCCGCGCUGUGGCUGAUCAGUGUCCUGAUUCAGCAUGCAAGCAGGAUUUAUUAGCCUACCUUCAACGAAUUGCCUUGUAUUGCCAUCAGCUUAAUAUCUGCAGCAAGGUGAAGGCAGAAGUACAGAAUCUGGGAGGAGAGCUCAUUGUGUCAGGGACAGGAGUUCAGAGCACUUUCACUACCUUUUAUGAGGUAGAUUGUGAUGUCAUAGAUGGGGGCAGGGCUAGUCAACUUUCUACCCACCUCCCAACCUGUGCUGAGGGAGCUCCAAUCGGGAGUGGAAGCAGUGAUUCUUCCAUGCUGGACAGCGCCACGUCACUCAUCCAGGCAGCUAAAAACCUGAUGAAUGCUGUUGUCCUCACGGUGAAAGCAUCCUAUGUGGCCUCAACCAAAUACCAGAAGGUCUAUGGGACAGCGGCUGUCAACUCCCCUGUUGUGUCUUGGAAGAUGAAGGCCCCAGAGAAGAAGCCCCUUGUGAAGAGAGAAAAGCCUGAAGAAUUCCAGACGCGAGUUAGACGAGGUUCUCAGAAGAAACACAUUUCUCCUGUACAGGCUUUAAGUGAAUUCAAAGCAAUGGAUUCCUUCUAG